AGGAACAAUUCAACUAUGUAUUUCAUUGACAAAGUUGUGCUGACAAAGGUGAUAUAUACCUAGUGAAACUAGUUAUUAAAUCAUUGAAGACUUGCUCAACUUUCAAACAUUUUUUUAGUGAUUUUACGUCAUAAAAUGAUGCCAAGGAAAAUUAUAUAUAGGCCCUUUACAAAUCAUAUAGUACUUCACAACUUCUCCCUCAUUCACCAUUUUCAAAGAUAUUGCGAGAAUCUUCUUCUGAGAAAAUGGCUCUUAAUCAUGCUACAUUCAUCUCUUUCCUGCUCAUGAGCUUGGUGGCAAUUUCAUCUGCUCGUGACUAUUAUUCUCCAGGCUAUAAGGCACCCUCUUAUUCUCCAGAGUAUGAGGCACCUUCUUAUAGUCCACCACCUAUGUAUACACCAUCCUAUGUAUACUCACCACCGGUUUAUAAAUACUCUAAGCACACGCCAUCAUCGGUAUAUGAGUCUCCAAAAUACUCGGCACCACCAGUGUAUGAAUCUCCAACAUACACUCCAUCGCCAGUUUACAAGUCUCCAGUUUACAGUCCAUCACCAGUCUACGAGUCCCCAAAAUACUCGGCACCACCAGUGUAUGAAUCUCCAAAAUACACUCCAUCGCCAGUUUACAAAUCACCAGUUUACAUUCCAUCGCCAGUCUACGAGUCUCCAAAAUACUCGGCACCACCAGUGUAUGAAUCUCCAAAAUACACUCCAUCGCCAGUUUACAAGUCCCCAGUUUACAGUCCAUCGCCAGUCUAUGAAUCCCCAAAAUACUCGUCACCACCCGUGUAUGAAUCUCCAACAUAUACUCCAUCACCAGUUUACAAAUCUCCAGUUUAUAGUCCAUCACCAGUUUAUUCUCCUCUCAUAUACAAGUCACCAGUAUAUGAAUCACCCGAAUACACUCCAUCACCAAUAUACAAAUCCCCGACUUACACACCACCAUCCGCAAUGUAUGAAUCUCCAGUAUACACUCCAUCCCCAACAUACAAAUCACCAACAUACACCCCAUCACCAGUAUAUAAAUCUCCGGAUUACACCCCAUCACCAAAGUACAAGCCCCCCACUUACACACCUUCACCAGUAUACAAGUCUCCAGUCUAUACAUCUCCCCCUACUUACACCCCACCACCAAAGUAUGAGUCUCCGAUGUACACUCCACCAGCUUAUUGAAUACUGAUUUUUCGGUCGCGAAAAUAGAUGGCUCCUUCUUAUGCUCUUAAGUUAAUAAGAUUACUAUGAAUAAGCUUCAAUUCGAAUGAAUUAUUGUUGUGUUAAAUAUAUGCAUUUCUUUGUUGUACUUCCCUCGUAGUUGGAGAUGAUGUGGUUAGGUAAAUUGUUGUUCGUAACUGCUUAUCUCCUCGAGUCCUGGUGUGGUUUCAUAUUCAAAUUAAUGACAGUGGUAUUCGUUUCGUA